CUUGGGAUGGUCCGCCCAUCCAUCUCUCUAACCACAACAAACCAAAUCCAUGAACGAACUUGUAAAUUUCUAAUUUAAUACCUCCUUCCUAGUUCCUACCUCUCUCCCAUUCCCAAUUUCUCAGUUCUAAUUCGAAUAUUCCCACAACUCGCUCAAAUUAUCCCAAAAAUUAUAAAGAAAUAAAUCAGUUUCAAUCCAAUAUCACACGUACUCAUUCUUUUCCCCCAAACAAAAAAGGAAAAGAAAAAAAAAAAAGAGCUCGUGCGCCACCUCCGCGAUCCAACGAUCAAUGUUUGAGAAGAUGAAAAGUGUUAUCUCUUCCUAGCAUUGAUCACGGUACCUGCUGUGGAUGUACGUCGGAACUCGAUUCCACGCCAUAUCUUCGUUGAUUCCCAUGGUUAUGAUUAUGGAUCUGGAGAUGUAAUUAUAGAUUCUGCUCACCCAAAUCCACUGUAAAAGUAACCUAUAAAUCUUCAGAUCUCCAAUUUGUCUAUAUCUUUCCACAGGAUUGAGAGGCUUUGAUUUUACGCCUUCCAUAAUCCUGACUCCUCUCUAUUCGGUCAGGAUUGUGGGUUGAGGCCGCUACCAGAUAUGGAUAGGGACGAGUUUCGAUUGAUUUUGAGGAACUCCGGUGUGGAUGUGUGGGAGUUCAUCAAUACGGCGAUCUCCGUUGCCUAUUCCGAUUAUGGAGAUGAACUGAGGCACCGGAGGGAUGGAAUCGUGGAGAGGAUGUACAUGUCUUCUCGCUGCGGGAGCUGUAAUCUUCGUUAUCAACAUUCUGGAUUGGAUAAGGGUUGUGAUGAGGAGAAAGAGGAUGAAAAAGACGACGAAAAAGACAAGUCCCCGCUCACUCCGCAAUCCAUUAAUAGAAGUGGAAGUGAAGAUCGGUAUGGAGGAUUGCUGGAUGAAGAGGAAGCCAGGAUUCUUGAUAUAAAGGAACAUCUUGAAGCUCCUGACCAGCCUGAUGAUUCUAUUGUGGAUUUGUUGCAAACUCUGGCCGACAUGGACAUAACCUUCAAAGCUCUCAAGGAGACUGAUAUCGGAAGGCAUGUGAAUCGAUUGCGGAAGCAUCCAUCUAACGAUGUGCGGAGAUUGGUAAAGCAUCUUGUCAGGAAAUGGAAAGAUCUGGUAGAUGAAUGGGUGAAGUCGAAUCCUGCUGGAGAGUUCACAUCCUCUGCCCUAAUGGCAGAAGGAGACUCACCACCACAGAAAAUUCCCCGGACUGGUCAUCAUCAGGUACCUGAUUUUGGGUACUCGCCAAAUCCACAGAAUGGAAGUUCUGGGUCGGACAAAAACAAUGCAGAACCAGAACCAAAGGUGAAGGCAAUUCCUAGGAAAGAAGUUCCUACUAGGCCAGCUCAAUCAGCCCCUGUGUCUUCUUCCUUUCCUCCUCCAAAUAAACAGAGGGACACCGCAAUUGAUCCUGACAAAUUCGCUUCAGCAAGAAAGCGGCUUCACGAGAACUACCAAGAAGCUCAAAAUGGUUUGAUUUUGUCUUCAAAGCUCUGGAUUCAUAAUGUCUUAUUGCUGGUGUUGGAGCUUAUGGUUUGCGUUGGUUUGUUUGUUGAAGCCAAAAAGCAAAGAACAAUUCAAGUGAUGGACAUUCACGAUAUUCCGAAACCAAAGAAUACCUUCUUUGCCAAGCCCAAGGUGGGUUCUCAGGGGAGGCACCGGUGAUUGAUGAUUGGUGAUUGGUGAAAGGUGUAAAGUCUCAAACAGGAGACACACGACGCCCAUAUUUUUAACACCAGAAAACUGAGACUCAUCCAUGCUGUUACCUUAAUUUUUCUAAAUAUUUAAACUUUUCUUAUCUAA